UCUUUUCUUAAGUAUUUUUUCAACUUUCCCCUUUAUUUCUCCAUAGAAGUAAUGGUGACAAACCCCCCCAGGAAUCUAGUGCUUUUUCUUCCAACAGUCAUGGCCAGAAGUGAAGAAGAAAAAGGAUGGGAGGAAAAGGGUUUCAAGUGGGGUCAGAUGGGUCUAUCUUCCACUGAAAAUCAGGGAACAAUCUUCAUGAUUUUUCUCUUCAGUUACAGCUUUUUUUAACUGAUUUUGGCAGUCUUACACGUGUGAAACCCAUUCUAUUAGCAUUCUCUGACCCUAUAUAGGGGAUAACUUAUAGUAGUACAAGCACACAUGGUAUGACUUCUUCCGGCCAUUUGGGUAUGGCCGGUAUCUUUAGAUCUCCUUCAGAACUCACUUCCAUCUGAGCUGCAAUGCAUUCUCAAAAGCCUCUUUUCUUGGUUUUGAUUUGAAGAUUCCAUAAGCCCCAUAACUAUUUUUCAAGAGGAGGAACAUAGUUCUUGACUAAUGGAUGAAAAGGGGGUCUUAAAUUCAUGUGCGGUUGUAUCUGAAGACCAAAGUGAUACCUUGUAUCCAAUGUUCUUUGGUGUUUCUUGUGCAUUCUUUGCGCUUAGGCUCCUAUCAGAGUCGGAAAUGAACGAUGAGAAAUUGUCAGAAAUAAGGGACGGAUUACGUAAAGGGAGUGCUCACCUCUUAGGACUACUUGUUUGGAGAGUUCAGAGAGAUGAGGCGAACAGUGGAAAGAGUGAGAUCAUUCAUAAGCUUGAGAGAGAGAUUGAAGAGUUAAAGAGAAGGAGAAGUGAAGAUGCAAAGGCCAAUGAGAAAGUUGUAGGAAUCUUUGCUGCCCAAGAGCAGAUCUGGUUAUCUGAAAGAAAGAAGCUUCGGCAGCAAAUUGGAGCUCUUUUAAAUGAAUUCAGAGUUCAACAAUCAAAAAUGGAUGAAGCUAUUUCAGAAUUCAAUGAUAACUUAGAGGAAAAGGAGCAUUUGUUGCAAUCAAAAGAUGGUAUGUUGGAACUGGAAGGAAAGAAGAUAAGAGAGUUAGAAGAGAAACUGGAUGAGUCUAAAAAUGUUGCAGAGGAGUUGAGAGAGACUGCAAAACGCGAAGCGCAGGAGCAUUCCUCAGAGAUUUGGAAACACAAAACUGCUUUCAUUGAGCUUGUUUCUAACCAACGACAGCUUGAAGCUGAGAUGGGUCGAGCCCUAAGGCAAGUUGAAUCGAUGAAAAUAGAACUUGAUUCGGUUAUGGAGGAAAAGGAGGAGUCCCUUUUGAUGGUCCAGAAGAUUUCAGUGGAGCUGAUUAAAGCGCGGAAGGAUUUGGAACAGAAAGACAAGAUUCUUUCAGCUAUGCUUAGGAAAUCGAAAUUGGACACCACAGAAAAGCAAAUGCUUUUGAAGGAAGUGAAGUUAUCUAAGGUCAAGAGGAAGGAAGCUGAGACAGAAACGGAAAGGUUGAGAGCAGUUUCCGAGUCUAGACGCGAGAGGCAUUCAUUGAAAAGCAUGUUGGCUAAGCAUUCUGUCUCAAAAUCAGAGGCUUUCUCUGAUGGAAGAGGGGUGCGUUCUCAUGCAACAGUGUCAUCACAGAGUGGAAGAAGUAGAUCACAGUCUACUGACUUUGUUAUAGAGUACGAGGAAUCUGAGCAACAAAAGGAACCGGAAGGUUUUUCUCCACUUUAUGAUCAGUAUUCACAUGAAGGAAGUGGGGAACGAAUGUUUUCAGCUGAUGUUAGACAGUUGGAAGGUUGGAUUCGAUCCGAAGCUGAAAAGUACAAUACAUUAGUUGAGCAAAGGCAUCGCCUAGAAAUAAAUGCUUUUGCUGAACAGCUGAGACUGAAGGAUGAAAAACUAGAAGCAUUUCGUUGGCGUUUCCUAAGCAUGGAGAUGGAGUUAAAGCAGCUCCAAUCACAUAUCGAAGGGCUUAAUCAUGAUUUAUCACAAGUGAGGCAAGACAAUACAAAACUUGAUGCAUUGUUAUUGGAUCGUGAAGCUGAGAUAAAUUCCUUGAAGCAGCAGUUUGUCUGGCAGUUAGAGUCCCUAAGUUGCCAAAAGACAAACUUAAACUCACCUUCACACAAUCCGGGUUUAGGAAAUGAAACCGAUUGGUCUAGAGUCAAGAUCAUGAAGAGAAAACCAGGGGAGAAAGAAGAAGAAACAGAAACAGAUUCAACUGAAAUUUCUCAAAAAGUGGAGGCUCGAAAGGAAGAGGAAACUUUUAGAACAAGCCAGUCCAAAGAUAUAAUUUUGACCGUCCAAUCGCCAGGAAAGGAAUUCGAGGAAGAAAAAGAUGUCCUGGUGGACACGGUUUCCAUUCCAGAAGAGGUUGAGAUUGGUGAAAAAUCACCAUUAUCUGGGCAAUGUUCGAGUAAGAGCAGUAUUACAGGAUGGAAGCUGGACCUUCAUGCUCUUGGAGUUUCUUACAAGGUGAAAAGGCUCAAGCAGCAGCUUCUAAUGCUUGAGAGAUUGACAGGAAAGCGAGAAAGUUGUGAAGAUGGGGAAGGUGAUGAUAAGGAUAAGCGGGUUGGGAUAAAGGGAUUGUACACGGUGAUAUCAUUGUUGAAUAAACAAGCUACUAGGUAUCAGUCACUCCAAUCGAAGAUUGAUGAACUUUGCAAGCGAAUGCAUGAAAAUGAUUUGGAUGUGGGCCAUGGUGGUUCCAGUAUCCCCAAGACAAAGGAGGAAACAAAAACACUUGAGCACUUUCUUGAGGAAACGUUUCAGCUUCAGAGGUACAUGGUUGCAACAGGGCAGAAGUUGAUGGAAAUACAAUCCAAGAUAGCAUCUGGAUUUGUUGAAGCUGGAGAGGAGCUAGAUGAAUCCGCCAGCUUUGACUUGAAGCGCUUCGCGGAUAGUGUAAGAACCCUUUUUAAGGAAAUCCAAAGGGGUCUUGAAAUUCGAAUAGCUAGAAUCAUUGGGGAUCUUGGGGGUACCCUGGCUUGUGAUGGGAUCAUACAUCUGAGAAAGUAGGAAUGUUUGGAUUCUGAAAUUGAGAAUGAGGCUGAAGAUGAUAGGAGAGCUUUGAUUCAUUUGAACUAUGGUUUUGGCGGAGUGUCUAUAGUAAAUUUGUAUAGUCAAUAUGCUCAGUUUGGUUAUGCAAUAGAAAUUCCAUCUUUUACGAA